AUGGUGAGUCGCCGCUCACUCAGCCCUCCUCGUCUCGGCACUUCCUCGCCCCCUGCCGCCACCUUUGGCCCCUGCCCUGUGCUCUACCCUCUAUCAGACGCCGCCCCGAAGCAGCCCCUGCCGCCAGAAGCCAGCGAGCUGACCUCCUCCUCGCCCCCCUCUCCUCCCCUCGCCGCCGCCGCCGUCGUCCCACCCCGCCCGCAGGUCUGCGCCAAGUGCGAGAAGAAGCUCGCCAAAGCCGGCGUGUCCCAGAUGGCCGCCACCUCGGUGUGGGACAAGCCGGGCACGAGCGCAGCCGGCGGUCGCAAGGUCGGCGAGAACAAGCUCCUCUCGAGCAAGGCCCGCUACUCGCCCUACGCACCUGCCGCCGCCGGCGCUGCGGGCGACAAGAAAGGCAAGGGCAAGGCGACCGGUGCGACCGACCUGGCGGGCGGGAGCGGCGGCGCCGUCGCGAGGUGCGAGGUGUGCCGCAGCGUGACCGCGAGGCCCGGCGCAAAGUACUGCCAAGGUUGUGCUUACAAGAAGGGAGCGUGCGCCAUGUGCGGCAAGCAGAUCCUCGACACGAGCGGGUACAAGAUGUCGUCGAAAUAG